UACCGAGGGAGGUGAGGGGUGGGCCGGGCUGGUGUCCGAGGCGGCUGCGGCGGCGGCAGUAUGGCAGGGCGGCGAGUUAACGUGAACGUGGGCGUGCUGGGCCACAUCGACAGCGGCAAGACGGCGCUGGCGCGGGCGCUAAGCACCACAGCCUCCACCGCCGCCUUUGACAAGCAGCCGCAGAGCCGCGAGCGCGGCAUCACGCUAGACCUGGGCUUCUCGUGCUUCUCGGUGCCGCUGCCCGCGCGCCUGCGGUCGUCUUUGCCCGAGUUCCAGGCAGCGCCCGAGGCCGAGCCCGAGCCCGGCGAGCCACUGCUUCAGGUCACGCUGGUCGACUGCCCCGGGCACGCCUCCCUCAUCCGGACCAUCAUCGGCGGGGCCCAGAUCAUUGAUCUGAUGAUGCUGGUCAUCGAUGUAACCAAGGGGAUGCAGACCCAGUCAGCGGAAUGCCUUGUGAUCGGCCAGAUUGCCUGCCAGAAGCUGGUUGUGGUGCUGAACAAAAUAGACCUCUUAGCUGAAGGAAAGAGACAGGCAGCAGUUGAUAAAAUGACCAAGAAAAUGCAGAAGACCCUAGAGAACACGAAGUUCCGAGGUGCACCGAUUAUACCCGUGGCGGCCAAGCCGGGGGGACCAGAGGCCCCCGAAACUGAAGCUCCACAGGGCAUUCCAGAGCUCAUUGAGCUCCUGACGUCCCAGAUUUCUAUCCCGAUGAGAGACCCCUCGGGACCGUUCCUCAUGUCUGUGGACCACUGUUUCUCCAUCAAAGGCCAAGGCACUGUGAUGACAGGGACCAUCCUCUCAGGCUCCAUCAGCCUCGGUGACAGUGUGGAGAUCCCUGCCCUCAAGGUGGUGAAGAAGGUAAAGUCCAUGCAGAUGUUCCACAUGCCCAUCACUUCAGCUAUGCAAGGAGACCGGCUGGGUAUCUGCGUCACCCAGUUUGACCCCAAGCUGCUGGAGCGCGGGUUGGUGUGUGCCCCUGAGUCCCUGCAUACUGUCCAUGCGGCCCUCAUCUCUGUGGAAAAGAUACCAUAUUUCCGGGGGCCCCUGCAAACCAAGGCCAAGUUCCACAUUACAGUGGGCCAUGAAACAGUCAUGGGCCGGUUGAUGUUCUUCACCCCUGCUCCAGAUAACUUUGACCAGGAGCCUAUACUGGACUCUUUCGACUUCUCUCAAGAAUACCUCUUCCAGGAGCAGUACCUAUCCAAGGAUUUGGCACCAGCAGUGACAAACAAUGAUGAGGCCGACAAGAAGGCCGGCCAGGCCACAGAGGGCCGUUGUCCUCGGCAGCAGUGGGCCCUGGUGGAGUUUGAGAAGCCUGUCACCUGCCCUCGGCUGUGCCUGGUGAUUGGCUCCAGGCUAGAUGCGGACAUUCACACCAACACGUGCCGGCUAGCCUUCCAUGGCAUCCUGCUCCAUGGGCUGGAGGACAGGAACUAUGCUGACAGCUUCCUGCCCAGGCUGAAGGUGUACAAGCUGAAGCACAAGCAUGGCCUCGUGGAGCGGGCGAUGGAUGACUACAGUGUGAUCGGCCGCUCCCUGUUUAAAAAGGAGACCAACAUCCAGCUCUUCGUGGGGCUCAAGGUGCACCUGUCCACUGGAGAACUGGGCGUCAUCGACAGUGCCUUCGGCCAGAGUGGCAAGUUCAAGAUCCAUAUUCCAGGUGGCCUCAGCCCUGAGUCCAAGAAGAUCCUGACACCUGCCCUCAAGAAGCGGGCCCGGGCCGGCCGCGGGGAGGCUACCAGGCAGGAGGAGAACGCUGAGCGAAGCGAGCCCUCACAGCACGUGGCACUCAGCCUGACUUUCAAGCGUUAUGUCUUCGACACCCACAAGCGCAUGGUCCAGUCUCCCUGAGUGUCCAGUGACCUCCCCCAGGGCCUCCUUGCCCAGCCCAGUCCAGGCUGCUGUGCCAAAUCCCAACCAGUCAUGCCUCAACCUCUCCCAGUCUCUCCCUGCAGUCCUGCAGCAGCAGCCCCCACCCCCAGGAUUGGUGCUCAGCCCUGGUGAGGAGCUGAGGGGGAUGUAUUGCCGGGGCCAGGAGGGUCUGUCCUCCAGCCCCUGCACACUCCCACCCAGGACAGCCACCAGCCCAACUAGGAAAGGGCCUUGGGCAGAGGGCUGGUAGCCAGUGUCUUCCACUGCCCCAUUUGUUGGCCACCUGCAGGCCCGUCUCACCCCUCCCCCAGGUGGGCAGACCCUUGACGGCUACAAAUAAAUGUCCCAUGGCCCCAGCCCACUCUA